AUGGAAGAUCCUGACCCGUUUGCUAAGUUCAUGAAGCAUCAAAAACAGCGAGCAAAGUCCAUCUCAAAUGCUGUUUUGGCCAACCUGCGGCUCAAGGGGAAGCACGUAUCCUUCAACGAUGAUGGUGAUGUUGUUUUCAUUGCAUCUUCGAAUGAUUCAAGUCCUCUUUCCAAUACCUCUACUGAUAGUGAGGGUGACGAUAUCGAAUACUCUCCCAGAGAGGUCAGUCCCAUGUCUCCGAAUAAAAAACCUGUUGAUGAAAGUAAGGGGGCCAAAUCUCCUAAGUUUUUAUCUGCUCACAACAAUCUCCUGGAAUUGAAGCGGUUCCGUUCGCAUCCUCACCAGAGCACCUAUAUGGCUCAGGCUGCGCUGCUUGACACUAGGUAUUUCAGUCCUCAGCAUUCUAAUCUUAACUUGCCGGAAUUCAACAAGCGUCCACUCACCGACACACCUAUUGUUUCAAGUGUGGCAUCGCCAGUAACCCAAGAACAGCUGAGUGAUUCAGAAACGGAAGAAUGUGACGAUUCCGCCGAUAAUGCGGCUCCAGGCAUCAGACGCUCCAGUUCCAAGUCCAAGUCCAAGUCGCCUAUUCACAAGACGAAGAACAUCUCGCAUCUCAGUUUAGUGGACUUGAAUGCUGUUUCAGCUGCUGUAGUUUCUGCAAGAGCUGCUGACAUCUCAUCAGACGGAAUCUCGCCAACAAACACCAGCGAGGGCACUAUUGCUGUAGAACCUGAGCUGGACUCAGUCAUUAAGGAUGAUGCUGGCGCUCCUACGAAGGCGAUUCCCGAUAUUUUGAGAAAGCCUCUGAAAGCCCCUCAGAAGGCACCCUUGGAAGCUAAAGGGGACGAAGAAGCGCCUAAGCUUUCAUACCCAACAUUCACGGUUUCUCCAUCAUCAGAACCUUCGGAUGUGGACACUCCUUCUCCUGGUAGUAGUACACCAAAAGCAUCGAAGAGUCUUGAUGCAGCAAUUCUACGGCAAAUCAAGAAGGAUUUGUUGCCGGAUGUUCCUGAGGAUCUCCAGCUGCAAUUCGAGAAGACUCCUUCCUUCGAGAAAUUGAAAAACAUGCUUCUACUGAAGCCUAUUCCAAAGCCUCAAAAGGCAUACACGCUCAACAUCGCGGGUCAGACCUCGUCCAAAAUCUCUCCGGAUGGACGGAUUGCAUCGGUAGACGUUGGUUCCAAGAUGGUCAUUGUCAUGGUUGGCUUGCCAGCCAGAGGUAAAUCCUACAUUACCAACAAGCUCACAAGGUAUUUGAACUGGCUCCAGCAUGACUGCAGAGUGUUCAACGUGGGAAACACGAGAAGAAUGGACAAAACAAACGUGUUAGGUCCUGCUUCAUCUCCUUUACCUGAUACCAAUACUCCACUGCCACACGCUGGCCGUUCCCCUGAAGUAAAGCCUUUGUCGCCCGCAGCCCAUUCGGCAGACUUUUUUAACCCUAAGAACGCUAACUCUACAGAAUUGCGUGAGAAAUGGGCUAUGGACACUUUGGAUAAUUUGCUCAAUUGGGUCGUAGAUGGCCCUGGAUCUGUUGGCAUUCUUGACGCUACAAACUCCACUAAGAAAAGAAGAAUUAAGGUUCUCAAGAGAAUUCAGGAAAGAACAAAUGGAGAAUUGAAGGUCUUAUUUUUGGAAAGUAUCUGCUCUGAUCCUGCGAUUCUUGAUACAAAUAUCAGGUUGAAAUUAUCGGGACCUGAUUACAAAGAUAUGGAUCCGGAGGUUGCGUUGAAGGACUUUAUUGGCCGUUUGCGCAAUUAUGAGUCCGCUUACGAGACCAUCGACGAGUCGGAAGAGUCAAUUCCCGGUUAUCAAUAUGUGAAAAUGAUAGAUGUGGGAAAGAAGGUUGUCAGUUACAACGUUCAAGGUUUUUUGGCUUCCCAAACCAUUUACUUUCUUUUGAACUUCAACUUGUGUGAGCGCCAGAUCUGGCUUACUCGCCAUGGUGAGAGUAUUGAUAAUUUGAGUGGUCGUAUUGGUGGAGACAGUGCUUUGACUAAACGUGGACAACGUUUUGCCAAGACCUUGAGCAGAUUCUUGAGCUAUCAGAGACGUGUCUUCCGCAAGAAGCAACUUGAGAACUUCUCGUCAAGACUCGAAUUGCAUUACAACGAACUCACUGGCAAAGCAUCGGGUACUGGAUUGCAGGAAAGCCUGCUGCUUGCCCAUAUCCCUACCGAACCAAACUUCUGUGUUUGGACAUCCAUGUUACUUCGUGCCAUCGAGACUGGAAAUUACUUCAACGACCAAGAAUAUAACGUUAAAGCUAUGAGAAUGCUUAACGAAUUGGGAGGAGGUAAGUACGAUGGAAUGACCUACGACGAGAUUCGUAGAAAGCAUCCUAAGGAGUUUGAAAGCAGAAUUAAAAACAAACUUACCUACCGUUAUCCUGGAGUUGGAGGUGAAUCUUACCUUGAUGUUUUGGUCAGAUUGCGUCCAGUCAUUAAUGAGAUUGAACGUACAACCGAUCAUUUACUUAUUGUUUCACACAGAGUGGUGUUACGUGUGUUGUUGGCUUACUUCUUGAAUUUGGAUAAGUCUGCUAUCGUCGAAUUGGAUGUUCCAUUGCACACAUUAUACUGUCUCGAGCUGAAGCCAUACGGUACCGAGUAUGCAAUGUAUGAAUAUGACGAGACGUCUGACUGGUUCAAGAAAGUGGAACCAGAGCAUCGCAAGAAUGUCAAGGAGGUGGGAGUCAAUUUCCGUGAAAGAAAAUACUCAGUUAUCCCUACAGCUCCACCUACUUCCAGUGGCAGUAAGAAGAUUCGCCCAAGCAUCGACGGAAGGUUGGGCAGCUUUUCAGUGCGCAAGAGUAUCAGCACGAGUACGCAGAUUCCUACAAUUGACGAAAUUUCUGGUGAUAGUGGUCAACGUGUUGUGAAUUCGUCAAGCUCUCGAAAGUUGGCAGACUUGAGUAAAAUGAGAAAACCGUAA